CCUGUGUUUACAUCCUCUCCUCAGCUGUUUCUUUCUUCUCCCACUUCGACACAGCGGCUCGUUCUCACUUCUUUACCUUUCCUAAACCAAACAGCUUAGUUAGCCCAGUUAACCGGUCCUCAGCCUCUACCGGAGGCACUUCACGUCUCAAAGUGACUCUCGCUGACCGUCGCAGUGUAACAGUGCAUCCAGUUACAAGCAGUGAGUUAAUGCGACACGGCAUUGUCACUUGCUGCCUGGACAUGACCGUCGCCUGAACUGACACUUUGAGGAGUCACAGCCGGCAGGAUCCUUCAGCCAGCCGUCCAUCUCCAUGCCACUGUGAGGAGGAGGAAUCGCUCAUCCCGAGUACGACUUCUCCCCCUUGUGUUUCUCUUCUUUUUUUGCCAUGGGGGGAGCCGUGAGCGCUGGGGAGGACAACGACGACCUCAUUGAUAAUCUGAAAGAAGCUCAGUAUAUCCGCACAGAGAAAGUCGAACAGGCUUUUCGGGCCAUAGACCGCGGGGACUACUAUCUGGAUGGCUACCGGGACAGUGCCUACAAAGACUUGGCUUGGAAGCAUGGCAACAUACACCUGUCUGCUCCAUGUAUAUACUCUGAGGUGAUGGAGGCCCUCAAACUGCAGCCAGGACUUUCUUUCCUCAAUCUGGGCAGUGGAACGGGCUAUCUGAGCACAAUGGUUGGCCUUAUCAUAGGGCCAUUUGGUGUGAAUCAUGGAGUUGAGCUCCAUAAGGACGUGGUUGAAUAUGCCAGAGAGAAACUGGAUGAUUUCAUAAAGAAUAGUGACAGCUUUGAUAAGUUUGAGUUCUGUGAACCCGUCUUUGUGGUGGGGAAUUGCCUUGAAAUCUCGACAGACAGUCAUCAAUACGACCGCAUCUAUUGUGGUGCUGGGGUGCAGAAGGACCAUGAAAAUUACAUGAAAGUACUGCUCAAAAUUGGAGGCAUUCUGGUAAUGCCUAUAGAGGAUCAGCUGACCCAGAUAACCAGGACUGGCCAGUGCACAUGGGAGAGCAAAAACAUCUUGGCGGUGUCCUUUGCCCCCUUGGUCCAGCAGAGCAGAGCUGAUGGAGAGAAGCCUGACACUGUCCAGCUGCCCCCAGUGACUGUCCGCAGCCUUCAGGAUCUCUCCCGGAUCUACAUACGCCGCACUCUCAGAAACCUGGCCAACGAGGACAGUCAGGGGAAGGGGAUGGUGCAAAGGGUCCCCCAGAAGCGCAAACGCAGGCGCUGCCGGCGGCGACGCAUCAACACCUACGUUUUUGUAGGCAACCAGCUGAUCCCCCAAAUGGUGGAGAGCGAGGAGGAGGAGCAUGCUGAGGAGGAGCAUAAGGAAGUGGAGGAGGAGGAGGAAAGAGACAUUGGCGACAUUGAAAUCCUCAAGCAAGUGAACGUGUUGAGAGACCAAAUAAUGGCUUUACCGCUGCCUGAGUCACUGAAAGCAUAUUUGCUGUAUUACAGAGAGAAAUGACUGAUUCACUCGAUAUCCAUUCUUAAUGGGUGCAGCUCCUGCUGAAAUGCUUUUUCUUCACUCUUUUCAGUACAAAUGUAGCAUUAUUUCCAUUAAAUCUUGAUGGCAAAACUGUAAUGGAAAGAAAACGUCAUAGAUAAUAUUGGAUAAUAAUGUUAUGAUUGUCAUGAUUUGUUAGUUUUUGUUGACAUUUUCUUUUGUUUUGUAUAUCAAAAAAAAAAUCAAUGUAAAAAGUAUACUAAAUGGACAUAGUUUCAGAAACCCAUUUUGAGAUUCAGAUUUUAUCAUAAUAUUGUCAGGAUUUCUGCAGACGUGUGCAGAUUAAAAAUUGUAUAAAAAAACAGACAAAGUUCUUACUAUAUUUGUUAAAAUAUGAUCAUGCUAAAAAUGAAGACUUUUAUUGCACCUUUUUUAGAAGCUUUAACUUUCUCUCAGUGUCUGGAGGUUUAACGACACUGAAAGGAGCAAAAGACACUGAAAGGCGAAAAAGGCCACAUCCUCCCAUUUUGAGUUUCGAGAUUAAGACGCUCUUGCAUAAUCAUGACUUGGGCACUUGUGUCAUUUCUCCUUCUGGAUAUUUCAUUGUAGGUCAACGUGUUUUGUACCUUCCUAUUACAACACAGCAUUAAGAGACCAGGUUGGUUCAUAAUGUUUUCUACAGGGCACCUUUUAAUGUAACUUUUUCUACAGGGUGCUUACACACACACACACACACACACACACACACACACACAUGUUUUCUCACUUUGCAUAUAAGUAGCUAACAUCCUACUUGAUAUGAUAAGGUGUUGUGGGCCCUCUCCUCUCCAUGGUAUUCUUUCCAUUGUUAAUGCAAAUAUUAUAUUACUUUCAUUAGUCAUAUCAGAGGUUAAAAAUAAUGAUGAAACUGACAACAGGUGUUUAAUGGUGGUUCACACUCUCAGCUUUUUUUGUUUUUGUUUUUGUUUUUUUAAGAGGAAACUGGUAAUGGAGAUAUUAGUCAGUAAUGAGUACAUGCAUGAAUAUACUGUAUAUGUCUUGGGUGUUCCUGACUUUGUUUCACAUCUUAUGAUUGGUCACUGGAGGUGAUGUCCCAAGUGAUCGAGUUCAGACAUGUUUUGACGAAAGUGAAAGGAAAAAAAAAAAAAAAAAAAAAAAAAAAAGGAUGUAAAGAUGACUGAUCAAUUAGAUGGCCUUGAGAUAAAUCUCAAAUUCUGUAUAGUAUUGCUUUUUUCUUUGUUUUUUUAAUCGACAACAAUGCAAAAUCAGUAUCGCUGAGGAUUUUGAAGCCUUUUUGUAUCCUGGACUGUAGAAGUGUCCAGCAAAGCACCUUAAUCUGCAGUCCUCAUGUGGAAAAAAAACAAAACAAAACAAAAAAAAAACACACAAACAAAGGUGCCAUUUUUUUGGCUUAAUUUCUACUGUGGACUGAACUUACUGUAAUGUAAAAAAAUCCUGUCAAAUCAAAGUACAAUUUGCUUGCAGAACUUCCCUGAUAGUGAUGGCUUUUUAAGUGCCAACGUUUCCCAUCACAUUAGGAUUUCUGUGAGUUUUCUGGCACAGUAAAUUUAACCUGAACAAUGCUAUAUUUCUACAAAAAAAAGAACAUUCCACAGUGAAAAAAAAAGAAGCAACAACAGCACAUCACUGAUAGAUGUCACACUUUUUUCUUCAUGCUUUACCAUCACAGACUUGGAAAUUUUCCUUCAUCUUACUUUGAAUGCAUAAUUUAGUAUUCCAAAAGCUGAGUUGAAUGUUGUUGAUAUUAAUUCUAUUCAAUAUAAAAGUGAUAUAUAUGUAUUGUUAUCAUAUGAUUCUGCAUACAGUUUAAUUUGCAUUUGGUUUGUUGUAGCGCCCUCUUGCUGUACUGUAUCUUGACACUGGGAACUCUGUAGAUCAAAACUCCACUGCUGUUUGUUAAAUAGAUAAGAUAUAUUAGUGCUAUAGGUCUUCAUUUUGUUCUGGUGUAAUGAAAAAAUAUUUUUGUUUGAAAACGGGCUGAUUAUUCUAUUAGUAGUUUUUGUGUGUGAGGAGGUAACAUUUAUUUUAUGUAAGGUUUUUUUUCUUUUUUUCUUUUCUUUUUCAACAUUCAUUAGAAAAGCUUUGCAAAUAAGCAAUAAUGGAAUAAUAUCUCAGCUUAUAAUUACCAAUAACAACAUGGUCCCAUUUGAUUUACGUAGUAUCCAUUAAAAAUUCACAUGACCAAUUACAGCCAUGCGACAGUUUAUAUACCAUUAUCUAAAAUGUAAUUGCUAAUUAGAGAGCACAUUAAGUAUUGAAAGCAGGGGACCUACAACCUCGACUCUCAGGUCAUGCCUUGCACCAAAGUUAAUGGGACUGCUGUGAUUAUAUUUAAUGUGGACGAGAUUCGACUACAGAAAUGGCACCCGGUAAAGUCACCACCAAUUCUCUGCUCUUAUAUUAAGUUAAUUUGUUAAGAGCCAAAAACAGUUCUGUUACUUUUUUAUCAGGCCUAGGUUAAUUUCAUCAUAGUGUGUGCAGUUCAUUUUGAAAAUGUGUUGUUUCUCCGUAAAUGUUUGGCACAAAAAUAAAGGUCACAAUCACA